AACCUCACCUGCAUUCUUCAACUUCAGUCAACGCCAGCGACAACCUCCUCUCCACUCAUUGAACGUGCAAAAUGUCCUUCCAGCGUAUUGGCCUGCGCCUUGCGCAGCAGCAGCUGCGUUCGCCUGCUUUUCGACCUCUUUUCCGAUCGACCUUCCAACGACGCCUCGCGAGCAGUGGUGUUCCAAGCCCACCUGGCCAAGGAACAAGCAAACUCGUCGGAACAGCCGACAACGCCUUCAACCGAGAACGAGCUGCCGUGAAAGCCCAUGCUGCUGCUACAAGUGAUCUCUGGCGUAGACUCUCAAUCUACGUCGUCAUCCCAUGUCUCGUUCUAGCAAGCAUCAACGCCUGGAAUCUGUGGAACGAACAUUGGGAGCAUUGGGAACAUAUGCCUCCCCUAGAAGAGCGGGUUGAAUAUCCUUACCAGAACAUCCGAUCUAGAAACUUCUGGUGGGGAGACGGUGACAAGACUCUCUUCUGGAACGAAAAGGUCAACUACCACAAUAGGGACAAGCAAACUUGAAAGAUGAAUACCUAUGUGCGCUGGACUGGCUUAAAAGACUGCGUUGGUCAUGGUGGACCUGACUUGUACAUAAGGCAUGCAGAGGAAGCGAAGUGGAAACCUGACUGGGGCAUAACAAGACCACACCCGUUAUUUCAUACAGUUCAAUACUCGAGAAUUCAGUGUGUCCUCCGGCGAUUGACGGGCAAUCUUCAAACAUUUUGGGCCUCGUACUCCUUUUUCAACCCCAAAUACUGCGUCGCCGUGUCGUUUGCCAACACCAAAUCCC